CGGGUCGCAGGGGACAGUGGCUCUGGGAGGAAGAGGAGCCCAGGACUGACCCCAGGUGAGGUAAAGGUGAAGCAGUCUCCUGUAGAUGAGAAUCUGGGGACAGAGAGAGAAGGGCAAAGACAAACAAGGGUGCUAGAGAGGGACCACAGACCAGGCCAUGUUGGUGAGCUUGGGCAGGUACAGAGGUGGCGCCUGAGACCUGGCCAGAACCAGAUUCGUGGAGCCUAAGACAGCAAGACCAAGUCCAAGGAGAGCGUCGAGGGGGCAAACAGAGCCCUCAGGGGAGGAGGCAGAGCAAGACCUCCAAGCCAGGAGAGAAGCCCUAGGGGCCCUAAAGUUCUUGUCUGAGGCAUCCUGGGGUCUCGGAGGGAACGGGGCUUCUGGAAAGGGCUGGAGAGCGGGGCAGGAGGGCCUGGCUCCAGCCUAAGAUGCCUGUGACUCCAGAGCAGCCAGCUGGGCAGGCCGAGGGGCCCCCAGCGUCGGACGCGGCCGCGUGGCCCCCGCUGCCCUGCGGGCCCUGCAUCCCCAUCAUGGUGGGCCUGGCCUCGCUGGCCGCCCUCUUCAUCCUGACCACAGCCGUGCUGGCCGAGCGCCUGUUCCGCCGCGCGCUCCGCCCGGACCCCGGCCGCUGCGCGCCCACGCUGGUCUGGCGCCCCGGAGGCGAGCUGUGGAUCGAGCCCGUAGGCACCCCGCGGGAGCGAUCGGAGGACUGGUACGGCUCUGCGGUGCCCCUGCUAACCGACCGGGCGCCAGAGCCCCCCACCCCUGGCGGCACACUGGAGGCCCGAGCAACUGCCCCGCCAGCCCCCUCAAUUCCACACUCUGCUCCCAGCUCCCUGGGUCCCCAGACUCCGCCGUUGGUCCCAGUUCGCAGCACCUUCUGGGGGCCCCAUCCCUGGGAGGCGAGGCCCCCAGCCACCGGUCUAGUGAGCUGGGCCGAGCCGGAGCAGAGCCCCGAGGCUGAGACCCGCACGCAGUUUGGGAGCCCGCAGUUCCAAAGGCUGCGGGCUGGGAGCCCUGAGCCUGACUGGAGCCUCCAGCCUCGGGUCACACUGGAGCAGAUCUCAGCUUUCUGGAGACGUGAAGGCCGGACUAGCGUGGGGUUCUGAAUCCCCCGGGCCUGGAGGACUAGCCCCACAGAGACCCCUGAGGAAGGGCCUGCGCAAAGGGACUGCAAGUCUGAGCCGAUCCUAAGGUUGACCCUCCCCGGCCUUUUAAGUCUAGGUUUCAAUUCCCCUGGGUGGAAGCAGUGGGUAGGCUGAGUGAGCAUAGAGCCUGGGCGGGAGGCCGCUCAGCAGUGCCUCUCAGGGGCUGUGGCUUAGAGAAGCAGAGGCGGGGCUGACUCUGAGCCAGAAACCUUCAAGAUCUCAUCCGGAUUAAGAACUCAAGGUACCAGACAGGCAGGAAAUAGCAUCAUUCCAGCCGCUUGCAUCUUCCUACAGUGCUUACCUAAGAUGCCAAGAUCAAUCUUGUGGAUGCCUUGGUGUGAUAAGUGACAGUUGUGGGUAGCAAGAGAUGGCAGGACUCCAGUUUCUCAUAGCCACAAAUCUUAUCCCUCUUCAGCCGUUGGUACCCCCAAGUUCUCCAGGAAAAUAGCAUCUGAUCACAAACGAAUUGUGGCUUUAACCCCCAAGUUGCAACAAAGAACUUGUUGAGGCAAGCUGGAGCAGUGGCCCUCUCUUGCCUGGAGUCCUGGGACCUAAGGUCAGAGAAGACUAACGGGCUCCUCAGCCCACCCUCUAUAGCUGCACACUUCUCAGCCCUCCCAAACCUGCCACUCUACGGCAGGGAAAGCCUGAAUCAAAGAAACCUGAGUUUGAUCCAAUAUGGAAAGAAGCAUUAUCCCAGGGCAAGGCAACUUCAAAAAUACAGCCUCUAGCAUCUCCCGUCCCAGCUUACUGGAGUGGUCCAGAGAGACAGAUUUGCCACAAGACAGCAUUACUUAUAGGGCUGUUACUUAUAGGGCUUACACCUUUAAUCCCAGCACUUUGGGAGAUGGAGGUGGGAAGAUUACUUGAGACCAG